AUGACAGACACAAAGCCCAAAACGACGCAUGUCAAUAUGAUGGCUGAUUCGCUGAUUGCGAAUCUUCCAUUGCAGGGACUGCGCUUCGUUCUGCGUGGCAUGCUCGCAAACCGACCUGAUUGCACCACAACCUUCGAGGACCAAGCCCGCAGUUACACCCGCGACGUGACGCUACCUAGCGCAGAGUCUGUCCAGACAUCCAAGGAUGCAGUCGAGUACAUCCAGAAUCUUAGGAAUCAUGUCUGCUGUAUGCUUGGGUGCGGUCUAUGCUACGAGGCACUCCCUGUUCUCCAAAGCACAGUGGAGGCCAUCGGCCGAUUUCUAGCAUUGACCGAAGGAAACCUGACAGAGAAAAGUUCACUUUCGUAUCAGGUCACCCAAUUGGAUGGAGUCAUUGUUCAGGCUGUCACGGCUGUUCAGAAAUCCCUCGUCUCUUCUACGGGAUCGCGGAACCUUUCUGAAAAUGAGAGGAAGCUGCUUGAAAGACUACUUGAUAGGCUCACGAAUUGCAAGGUCGCUAGCGAAAAACAGUCGCAGCUAUUUUUGUUAGAUCGAGGCCUUGAAACUGUCGAGGAUUUCCUCCACCCCAAAACCUUUACCCAUUCUACUGGCAUUAUUACCCCGCCAUCCACCAAGGAUCUCCCUGACAUCUCUGAAUCAUUUGCGGUGAAUGGCGUCAAUCUACCAAGAAUAUUCACUGGGCUUUGGCAACUUUCAAGCCCGGCAUGGGGUUCUGCUCCCCAGUCCAAAAUUAUGGAGCAGUUCUCCAAUACAUUUUCAAAAUCAAUUUUCGCCGCUACUAAAUACUGCGUGUUUCAUCCAAUGAAGGUUUCACGGGAGGCAGUUGUUGCCAACAUCAAUGAACGAUGUCAGAGGCUCAAGUCGGACAGCGUUGAUCUCCUUCAAUUUCAUUGGCAACAUUAUGAGGACAGCUCAUAUAUCCAGGCCUUGAAGUACAUUCAAGAGGACACUCGCGUUAAGAAUUUGGGACUGUGUAACUUCGAUACAGAGCAUAUGCAAAAGGUCAUUGACAGCGGGGUCAAGUUUUCCCUUAUCGAUUCCCGCCCAACUGUUCGCAUGGCGGAACUUUGUGAGCGACACGAUGUAAAGCUGCUGACAUAUGGAACUUUAUGUGGAGGUCUCAUAGCAGAGAGAUGGAUUGGAAAGGACGCACCUGAUCUUUAUGGCGAAACAGUCACACCCAGCCAACGGAAGUAUCUCGCAAUGAUCAACAGCUGGGGAGGUUGGGCUUUAUUCCAAGAGCUGCUGAAGACCCUUCAUUCUAUUGCUCAGAAGCAUGGUGCUUCUCUCUCGAAUGUGGCCACCAGAUGGGUCUUGGACUUCCCUUACGUUGGUGCGGUCAUUGUCGGUACAAGAAUGGGUAUCAGCCAGCAAUGUGACGAGAGUCUGGCAUCGCUUGGCUGGAAAUUGGAUGCUGAUGACCAAAAGCAAAUUCAAGAGAUUCUCAACAGGAGCCGCGGGACUGAGAUGUUUGAGAGUCUAGGUGACUGUGGUGGUGAAUAUAGAUAG